UUUAGUUUAAGUUUUCGUUGAACUAAGUGUAACGCAGGGUGCGCUAACGUCAACGAUAGCUAGCUAAGCUAAUGUUAGCUAACAGGUGCGGGGCAGUUUCAGAUGCUAAGUCGUGACUACUUAUUUUAAAACGUGUGUUCAAGCAGCUAAAUUAGCUAGCCGGCUAACUUGUGGUGCUUUAUUCCAGCGCAUGUUUAGGACGCUGGUGUGGAUGGACAAACUCAAACAAACACAAUGCUGAAAAUAUCAAUUCUGAAGGUUGAGAGCCCUUCCUGCCUCUGGGGGCGGGUUGUUCGUGGUCCUGGUGGUGAUGCAGAGACCACCGACCAGUACGAAAGUCUGCUGACUCAGAUGAACCUCUUCUACCAUGACGUCACUCAGGACCUGCGCAAGCUGAAGCCAACAUCAUUAGAGGAGGGACAGGUGUGUGUGGUGUACUGGACCGUGAUGAAGUCCUGGUGUCGGGCUGUGGUGGAGUCAAUCAUUAUGGACUCGGUGUCCUGUCAGGCUCGUUGCCUCCUGGUUGACCACGGGGAACGACUAGUCGUCCCCUCAGACAAGAUCCGAAUCGCCAUGCAGACCUUCCUCCAGCUGCCUUUCUGGGUGAGAAAGUUCCAUCUGGCAGGAAUCAAACCAAAAACCCUGCGAGUGUCUGUCAAUGAGGAGAAGGCAGAGCUCAUUCCGUGCACCCAAUGGGACAGCUCUGCUACACUCUACCUGCACAACCUGCUGCAAGCAUCGACUCGGACAGAGGCAGUUUUGCAUGAAUCUCAGUCAGAUUCCACCUCCAUUGAGCUCUACCUGACUGUGCGGAACAUCAAGAUCUGUGUGAAUGACGAUCUGGUGGCCAAGAAGUUUGCAUAUUACAGCAGAGAGGCAGCUGACAGCGGUGGGCUGGAUGAGGUGGACCAACACCCUGUCAUGUUGUCCUCCAGCAUCCUAACCCAGACUGUCUGCACGACCCCCAACAAGCUGAAGGCACAAACUCAGUCACCUCCUGUGAUGUCACAAAGUCUGGCUGAAGCCGGAGCAGGCGAUUGGCUGACAGCUCCAUCUACACCUCAGAGCCAACAACAUGACCCCAAGACUUCUGAGGAAGGCAGCAGGUCAAGGGUCACAGACAAACAGCUGUCUCCCGGCAACCAGUUGAAGAACGGUUCAGAUGCUGCUGCUGCAGAGAGUGACUCGUCAGAGGACACAGACUCUUCUCUGGCGGCAGCUCUGACCAACAACCUCAGUCUGUUCAGGUUCCUGAAGUUUCUGAAUCCUGGCAGCAGCUACCAGCAGGCGGAUCCCAUCGUCAGUCAGCACGAAGAGCCAAAGGACUGUCGACCUGAAGAGACAACUGCAGCCUCAGGACAGGAAGUUGGAAAAAGUGGAGCUGAAGGUCUUUGUGAGAGCAGCCAGGUUGAAUAUCUGGCAGAUGAAGAAACAAGCAGUUCGAGUAGAUCAGUGGAGUCAGGACGAGCAGAGAAGCCACGGAGGAGUGAAGAGGAUUGGGCCUGUUCACGCCUUUUGGAGUGGUUAAACCCGGAGCCUCUGAACUCCAAUAUGGACGCUGCAGAUGACGCGGGUGUUCCCAGUGAUCCCAGGCGGAGUGGGAUCCUCGUGCACUCUGCCCUCCCAGUAGAGCCCUGUACCAGCCUGGAUGAUGCCCCCAUAACGGAUGCUCUCCGCAGGGUGAUGCACAGGAAGCAGUACAGCACUCUGUCUCCGGCUGAACGUUACAGCUGGCCAGCUGUGGCUCGAGGAUGCAACACCUUCAUCGUCUCCCACAACGCUGACCAGCCACUGAGCUACUUCGCCCCACUCCUCACCCACAUCCUGCUCAACUCCAUCUACACCUCCCUCACCUCCAGCGCAGGGCCCAUAGCUGUACUACUGUGUCCAGGCUGGGAGAAGGUCCAGGCGGUAUAUGACCUGCUGGAGGAGAUGAAAGUCACCACAGUCCUCCACCCUUUCUCCGUGCUGCUGGGCGUCGGCAAAGACGAGGCCAAAGCUGUCAAGAUCCCCAAAAACUGCCUGCUGUUAGUGACCACUCCCUUCAGUUUGGUCCGUCUGCUGUCCUGCCACUGCUUCCUGUUCCUGCGUCUGUACCACCUGGUGCUGGAUGAGGCCGACCAGCUCUUUACUCUGGCUCCUGAUCAGAUGGAGACUAUCCUGCAGCAUUUCCAGAAGGUGACAUCCAGCGAGGAGAAGGCAGCCUGUCCUCAGCAGCUUGUGGCCGUGGCAAAAAAAUGGACCAGUCACAUGGAGGGUUUGCUAACCAAUCACAUGCCAUACCCUUGCAUUGUCAUGACUGUCCUUGAGGAAGCUGCUCUCUAUGGUAACGUUCAGCAGAUAAUCCUCAUGACUCUAGAGAGCAGCAAGGUCUCAGUGCUGCUGGGAGCGUUGGAUAUCAACCCAGAUGUCGGCCAGAAGACUCUGAUAGUAGCCAACUCUGCUAUGGAGGUCGAAGACGUGUUCAAGGCUGUGAGCAACAAAUCAGCAUUCUGCCUCAAGACCCAUGAAGGUUUAACGCACCAGUUUGACUUUGUCAUCCAGCAGUGGAGGAAAGACAUCGGCUCCGGCACUCACGUUGUUCUGGUGACCACCAACGAGUGUCUGAAGUGUCUGGGAAUCAGAGAUGCGACUUGUGUGGUCCACUAUGGCUUUCCCACUUCUCCCAAAGUAUUCGGCAGCCGACUCUUCAGUAUGGCUGCGAACUUCAGGAAUAUUUCUGAGCGAGUUACUUCCCAGGAUCAAGCCGCAAGCCCUCAUCCCACCAGGUCUGUGCUUCUGAUCUCUGAGAGGAACGCUUGCCAUGUAGUCGGGCUUCUGCGUUACCUGGAGCGAACUGCUGCCCUGCUGCCCGCUGAGCUGCUGUCCUUUGCUCAAGGCGUCAAUGUGGUCAGGGAGGAACAGAAGACAAACAAACCUCUCUGCAGCUACCUCAAGAGCUUUGGAGUCUGCAAAGACAGCAGUGUGUGUCCUGAUCGUCACAGGUUCAUUUCCCAGCUGGAUCAGUCUGUGCUUCCUGCUUCAGGAGUCAUAGAAGUUGUGCCUCUCUACAUAAAGACGGCAUCAGUGUUCUACGGUCGUAUUGGCCAGAAGGAGGACGGAGGUUUCCAGAGCAUGGCGUCUGAGCUGACUUCUUACUAUGCUGACAAGAAGCCUGGAGCCGAGGAGGUGCUGGAGGGAGGCUUAUACGCCGUGCAGGAGGACGAGGUCUUCCACAGGGUGAAGAUCCUGUCUGUCCCAGACAGAGGUGACCGGCUGUUUUUCAGCGUCUUUGUUCGGUUUAUUGAUGUGGGGAAGGAGGAAGAAGUCAAAGCCCAUCAGCUCCUCCAGCUCCCGGAGCAGUUCCACUCUCUGCCUGGCCAGGCCGUGGAGAUCAUCGUCUGCCGGGUCAAGCCUGUGGACGCAGAGACCAACUGGCACCCCAAGGCCACCAGAGCGAUCAGCCUGAAGAUCCGAGGUCUGCAGCACCGAGCCAGAGCAGUUUUCAGUCUGGGAAACACUGUUUUUGUUGAUCCGAUGGUCCGUGUGACCCAGGUGCCAGGUAUGAAAACUGUGAUCAAUGAAUACAAAGUGCAGUCGGAGAUCCUGAACUCGGGGAUGGGAGUCAGCAACCCGGAGCAUCUGGACCUGCUGAAGGCGCUCUGCCAGCAGAGCAGCAAGGAGACAGGUCACAACUCUGGGGUGGGGGAUGGCCCGGUGUCUCUGGAGGUCAGGAUCAAAGCUGAGGAGGAAGUUCUGGCUAAAGCCUUCACAGCGGCUGAGGUCCUCGCCGACCUUCCUCACCUCGAGCCAUUCGAGCCACUUAGUCCAGUAUCUUCAAUGAUGCAGUCUCUGGUCCCAGCACCACCAGCAGCAGAACUCCACCCGGUUUCAGCGUGUGAUCAAAAACCCCUGUUGAAUAGCCACGAAGCUAUUGGACAGAGAAACACCAACACUGCUGAUCUGGAGCCAGCUGAGCAAAUGAGGAGGAUCAGUGAUGGAGGAGAACUUUGCGCAACGACCAGCCAGACUGCCAGACUCAACCUCAUUGAAAAUGGUGUGCCUCCAGGUGAUGAUCAAAACAACAGCCAGCAGCUCACCAGCACUAAUGUGAUAAUCUGUGAUGACUCCACAAAAAGUUUCCACCCUCCUGUCCGUUGGUACCAGACUUCCAGCUCUGUGAUGGUGACGAUGAAGCUGAUGAACCCAGAGAGUCAGCGCUGUGAAUUCUACCCUGACAGAGUCGUCUACAGUGGCAGAGCCAACGGUCGGACCUACAGAGCUGACUUGCAGCUACACAGCAACAUUGCUGCAGACCGCUGCUGCUGGGAAAUGAAGUCCAAUGAGCCGGUCCUCAAACUGGUCAAGCAACAGCAGGGACACUGGGAAAGACUCAUCCAGAACAAGAAUAUCUUUGUGAGUUACGACAUGGAGCACUUUGAAGAAGAUGAAGACCGAACCCCAAAUGGUCUGUGUUUUGUCGAGAACACGGGAAAGGAUAACUGGUAUGUGAACUCGGAGAGCGGCAGUGACAGCGAUUAACUGAAGACAGAUGCUAAGAAACAAAAAACACCUCAUCUUUCACUCGUGUCAUCUAUUACCGCGACUGAUUCCAAAGACGUUAGGUUGUUGUCUAAUUUGCUAUUCCUUUUAAACAGUUUAAAAAAGUACAAAGACAAUCUAUUUUAUGUUUGAACUGAGAAGCUUUGAAUGAAACGUUUAAUUCUGA